AUGUCUUCCGACCUACCUCGAUUCUACUGCAACUAUGCGGGAUGCGCCCGGUCGUACAAGAAGAAAGAGCAUCUCUUACGUCAUGAGAGGGAUCACUUGAACCUCCGCCCGUUUGCAUGCACGUUAUGUCCAGCUACUUUCAAUCGAAGUGAUUUGCUUAAACGCCAUGGGGCGAUCAGCCAUCAAUCCAAUCAGACUCCCGAGCGAAACGAUCAGGGAGAACCAUCAACAGAAAACGCAGUAUCUGAAUCUCAAAAGUCUGCACCUGCUUCCGAGCCAGUCGAUAACUGCCUGGCCACAUCAGAAUGGCUCCUCAGCAUAGAACUAGAGGGCUUGAACCUUUCUUCGAACCCAGCUAUGCAGUUACUCCAAUCAUCGUCUCGUAACGAGCUUGAGGCGUCCUACUUUCUACACUUUCACCCACACUGGCCUCUCCUGCAUAAAAAGACUUUCUUGCACUCAGAACAUCCUCCCGAACUAACGGCUGCGGUUUUAACAGCCGGACUAUGGGUACUUGAUACUCCAGAGACUAGAGACCAGGCCCGGUUCUAUCAUGAUGCCCUGCUAAAGGUGCUUGACCACCAACUCUUCAAACUUUGUCAAUGCAUCACAGACUCACCUGGACCUCGAGCUGAGUUCCUCGCUUCAUUCCAGGUCCUUCUCAUCGCCCUGAUCCUCUGCACUUACCGUGGGGCAGAGACGUUCCGAUCCGCUUUCAUGAACAGCAAGCAUCUGUGGCAGCUCUUCCAAUCCGUGGACAUCUAUGAUCAAAAGGCAAUAGACGAUCGAAACUCAAGUCGAAUAAUUCGUGAGUGCUACCAGCGGCUGGCCCUUUUGCACUUCAAGGUUCACGUGCAUCUCAAUUCGAUCUUAUUGCGUCACUUUCCGCAGUUCAAGACACUGGACUACUUGACGCCCUGUAUGCUUAAAGUCAGGAUUCCCUUACCAAGCUACUACUGGGAGGGCGAUGACGCAGCAUUUCCCCGCGAGGGAGAAGGGGCUGGAACGGUCGCCGAUUUGCUCGUCCCGUGUACUGAAUUAACUCACGUGUCGGAUCUUGUAGCUUGGGACUUUACUCUGGGGAUGGUUAUUGGGUGUUACUUGGUGAGACCGUCGAAGGAGAACCAUCGAGAACUGAUAAAGCGACUGGAUCCAUAUCUAUUUUUACAUCUAAAAAGUGGUAAAGACCAUUAA